AUGAAACAUCAUGAUCUGAUACCAAAUAUAGAAUGGUGGGAUAAGCCAUUAUAUCCAGAAUAUCAAGCAAAUUAUAUUCCUAUAAAUAUAUAUAGUGAAUAAGAACAUAAAUAACCUGCAACAGCUCAUACUUAAGAAGAAAUUCAAAGACAAAUAACUUUUUUAUAAUAAUUAUAAUAUACAGAUACAACUAUAUUAUUAGAAAAAAUAACAAAAUUACUUGAACAUCCUAAACCAUUUAUUAUAAGUGAAUUAAUAUAGAAUAGAGAGAAAGCAGCUCUACCUUCAAUUUUAACAAAAAAAGAAAGAAAGAAAAGAUUGAGAAAAAUAUGUAUGGAUAUUUAGAAAGAAAAAUAAGAUAAAAUUAGAUUAGGUUUAUAAAAACCAUCUCCACCUAGAAUAACUUUAUAAAAUAUGAUGGCAAUAUUAAGAGCAGAAGCAUAAAUAGAUCCAAGUAAGGCUGAAUAAGAAGUAAGAAGAUAAAUUUAGGCUAGAUUAGAUAAACAUAUUAAAUAAAAUAAAGAAAGAGAAUUAACUAAAGAAUAAAGAGGAGAUAAAUUAAAAUUAAAAUGGUAAAAAGAUGCUUCAUAAGAAAUUAGAGUUGCUGUAUUUAGAAUUGAUGAUGAUUUAUCAUCUAAUAAUUUAGAAUCUAAAAAAUUAAAAUUUAAAGUAGACAAGAAUGCAUAAUAAGACAGCUUAUGCGGAGUAUGUUAAAUUGCAAAUUAAAAUGGAUAAUCAGUUGUACCUUCUAUUGUUGUAGCUGAAGGUGGACCUAAAGGAAUUAAAUUUUAUAAACAAUUACUCUUAAAUAGAAUUAAAUGGAAAUCUGAUGUUUCAAAAUAAGGUUGUAUAUUACUUUGGGAAGGAGUUGCUAAAUAGCAUGCAUUUAAUAAAUGGAAAAUUAUUGAAAUUAAAAGUGAAGCUGAAGUAAAAAGAAUAUUAGCAGAAAAGGGAGUUGAACAAUUCUGGGAUUUAGCAAUGAAUAAUCAAAAUUGA